GAGACAGUAGUACGUGUCCUGACCGUCACAAGUUUAUUUCCCAGCUAGAUCAGUCCGACCUUGCUGCAUCAGGUGUAAUAGAAGUUUUACCUCUCUAUAUCAAGACGGCAUCAGUCUUCUUUGGUCGCAUCAUCAGGAAAGAUGACAAUGGUUUUGAUGGCUUAGCAUCUGAUAUGGCUUCCUACUAUGCUGAUAAGAAACCAGGAGCCACAGAGUUAUUGGAGGGAGGCCUAUAUGCUGUGCAGGAGGACAACUUCUUCCACAGGGUGAAGAUCCUCUCCGUCCCCGACAGAGGUGACCACCUGUUUUUCAGGGUCUUAGUGCGAUUUAUCGACACAGGGAAGGAGGAGGAGGUGAAAUCCAGUCAGAUCCUUCAGCUGCCGGAGCAGUUUCACUCUCUGUCCUGCCAGGCCGUUGAGAUCAUUGUCUGCCGCGUCAAACCAGUUGACUCAGAGAUCGACUGGCACCCAAAGGUUCUGCCGAUCACCUCACUUUGCUCUUAA